CACCGCCAUUACCAAUCCAUUAACACAGAGAGAGGGAGAGAGAGAGAGGGAGAAUGAGAUCGGAAUUUGCAGCAGCAGCGUUGUUUUAUGUGGGUUGUGAGGAUUAUCCCCGCCAUGAAAACACCCAUUUUCUUGAAGCUUGUUUUCUCUGCCAUAAACCUCUGCUUCAUAACUGUGACAUCUUCAUGUACAGAGGAAAUAAGGCGUUUUGUAGUGAAGAGUGUAGGCAAGAACAGAUAGAUAUGGAUUAUGAGGAGAAACAUUACAGGAGGAGAUUGAAGCUCUCUAAUUCUUCAUCUAAGAAGACUAAGAUGAGUGCUCACCAGAGGCAAAAAAAAUCUGAUGAUCUUGAUGAUGAUGAUGAUGAUGAUCAGACGUCGGGCAACAUAUCAACUACCAGAAAGGACCAGCAGCUUACAAGUACUGGCACUGGCACACUUGUUGUGGCUUAGAUCGAUUUACUUAAAUUAGAUUUUCUCAUACACCACCAAAGUAAUGAAUUUUAUUUAUUUUAUUUUAAACCAUGGUUGUGGAGAUUUUGUUUGUUUGUUUGGAUCGAGAGUUUGAUUUCGAGGAGGAGGUUUAUAUAUAUGAAGGGAAAAUCAUUAAUGAGGAUGGAUGAUGCAUGUAUCUUCUAUAUAUACAACCAACCAAUUGGAGUUUUAUCCAAAAUUGUGAUUACCUAUUUUUAAAUUGCAAUUCAUCUAGUGUAUAUCUCAUUUGAGAUUGGUAUAUAGACAAGCAGGAGGUUAGUCAGGCCACCACUGAGGAUCCCUCGACUGACUCGACUGUUUGGUCACCAGUCGACUCGUGGGAUCCCCUUAUAAAUGUUCCUUAUCGAAUAA